CAAGCGGUUAUUCUCCGACACCAACCCGAUUGAACCCCGCUGCCGCGGCCGGAGAUCUCACCAGCCAAUUCGUCCAGCUCGCUGUCACACUCCACCACCUUCCUCUCGUCAAGCGGCGGUCCAGCAGCUUCCUCCCGCCAUGGCCUCCUGGCUCAAGGUCGCCGAAGACUUGCUCGAAGUUGUCGACCGGAGGGCCAAGAUCGUGGCUACCGAGUUGUCGGAUGAGCAGUCUACCUCUCUGCCGUCAGGAUCGAAUAGCCAAGAAGUGCAAGCAAAGAAGGGAAAGCUGAGGGAGAAGGGUUCACUGAAGCUCACUACUGCAGAUGGCGGUAACAGGACAUUGGCUCAUAAGGAAAGGAAGAGUAGGCAACCACCACGGGAACGGAUAAAGAUUGAGAAGAUCAGGCCUUCACCGCCCGCAGAUUCAUCAAGUGUUGAUGCUAGUGCUAGUGAACCUAGAAUCGCUUCAACUGAUGUCAAGGAAGUGGAUACUGAGGGUACAUUGGAGAAAGGAGAGAACGCUACCACCAAUCCUAAGAUUGAUGGAAGUGUGACUGUUGUUGAUAGUACAGUUGAAGUCCAACAGACAGAGAAGAAGUCCGAGGACACAACUCCCAGUGUGGAUAGUGUUGCACAUUCCGGGAAUUCAGAGAUUGCUGUCGAAAGCUCUUCUGCGGUUCCAGAUGAGAAAAGUGAUCCAAGCAGCAGUAACCAGACUGCUGAGAUUGGUCCAGUGGUUAAUUUGGAGAAAGACUCGGCUGUGGCUGUUAUCCAGGAGAGGAAUGCAUCUGAAUUACCCAAUACAGGGGGUACUGGCAAUCUGCAUGAAUCAAAUAAAGAGAAUUUUUCAGAUUCACUAGAAAGCAUUGAAAAUCAACAGGGACAGAAAUCUGAUUCAGUUUCUGUGAAAGAACAAGACCAACUUGAGGAGGCUCAGGGAUUCUUAAAAAGCGCUGACAAAACUGGCCAGUCAAAAGAAGCUAGGUUAGCUCGGGUUUGUGCCGGACUCUCAUCCCGUCUCCAAGAGUAUAAAUCUGAAAAUGCACAGCUGGAGGAACUUCUCGUUCAAGAGAGAGAGAAAUCUAGCUCGUAUGAAGCUCAUGUAAAACAACUACAGCAAGAACUAUCAAUGUCCAGAGUAGAAGGUUCGCGGGCUGAAUCUAAUAUGGUUGAUGCUCUGACUGCAAAAAAUGCUGAGAUUGAAUCUCUAGUUAAAUCAUUGGACUCUUGGAAGAAACAAGCGACAGCUUCAGAAGAAAAACUUGCAUCUUUACAGGAAGACAUGGAUAGUCUCAAGUGGAACCGUGAACUUACUGAAACCAGGGUCAUCCAGGCUUUGCGAGAGGAACUUGCUACCGCAGAGCGUAGAGCUGAAGAGGAGCGUAUUGCACAUAAUGCCACAAAGAUGGCAGCUGUUGAGAGAGAAGUAGAAUUAGAGCAUCGGGCUGUCGAGGCAUCAAAUGCUCUUGCUAGAAUCCAGAGAGCUGCUGAUCAAAGCUCAUCUAGAGCAAUGGAGUGGGAGCACAAGGUGGCUGUGCUUGAGGUUGAAUGCGGAUCGCUACAACAAGAACUGCAGGAGUUGGAAGCUUGUAAUCGUCGUGUACAGAAAAAGCCUUCCGAAGAAGCUAAUCAAGUUUUUCAGAUGCAGGCUUGGCAGGAAGAAGUUGAGCGUGCACGCCAAAGCCAAAGAGAGGCAGGAACAAAGAUAUCGUCCUUGGAGGCUGAGUUACAGAAGAUGAGAGUUGAAAUGGCUGGAAUGAGAAGAGAUGCAGAGCAUUACUCUAGACAGGAGCAUGUUGAGCUAGAGAAGAGAUACCGUGAGCUAACUGACUUGUUGUACCACAAGCAAACACAAUUAGAAUCCAUGGCUAGUGAAAAAGCUGCGCUAGAGUUCCAACUGGAGAAAUCAUCGAGACAAUUUCAUGAAGUGCAGAUUGAAGCAGAAAGGAGUAGAGCUUCUCGCAGAGCAGCAUCGUCGUGGGAAGAAGAUACUGAUAUCAAGGCAUUGGAGCCUCUUCCUCUACAUCAUCGACACAUGGCAACAGCAAGUCAGCAGUUACAAAAGGCUGCGAAGCUUCUAGAUUCAGGAGCUGUCCGUGCUACUAGAUUUUUGUGGCGGCAUCCUGUUGCUCGAGUCAGCCUGCUAUUCUAUCAGGUGUUUGUGCAUUUGUUCUUGAUGCACCUGCUGCACCGCCUUCAGGACUUCGCGUCGAGAGGAGUGGGGGAGCUGGCCAACGCGAACUUGCCAUAGGCUUCGUGGUCCUCCUAGUUCUUGCCACUCCAGCCAUUCAGAUUCUAGCUCUACACGCAUAUUCUGUAAAGUAGUGUUCUUUGCUUGGCCAUGGGCUAUAAUCCAUUCUUUUAUACCUCAGAUUGGUGAAUCGAAAAGAGCAUAUAACAGCUUGUAUAGUUGUAUGCGCACCUUGGCCCAAUAUAUACAACCACCCACUUGAGCAAACUGCUGAGCAGAUUGAGCAAUACGAAAUCUGGAAAAAGUCUUGGCAACUUGUGCCGCGUCA